UUGGUCGGACGUCUUGUUGCUGCCGCUGUUGUUCCACGUCGUUUUAGACGCUGUUAUCUCUAUUGGUCGUUCGAUACGAGCACAGAAAACAAGAUGAUUUUUCUGCACGGUCUGGCGUUAGCCGUAUAUGAAUUUCAGAGAUACCUCAAAUACCGCGAUGAUCAGAAACAAGAGAUGCAGAAGCGGGAGGCAGAUCAGCAAGCCGCUGAGACGUACGCCGCCACCGCUGUCGAGAAGGCCGAGGCUGCUACUGCUGCAGCAGACGCUGGAUAUGCUGCCUGGAAAGACGCCAUGAUUUUUGCAGCUCUGGAGGCCGAGAGAGUGUCGGCUUAUUCCACGAGGAACGCUGGGUCACCUGAAACGUUGGAGCCCUGGAGGAGGUCAGAGCAGCUGUAG